AUGCCGCAAAUUCAACAUAGUCAGUGGCCGUCUUUCCAAUUCGUUACUAAUUACAACGUUUCGCUUCUUUUGGUGGAAUAUGAUUCCCACUUGGGACCAGUGAACAUUAGUGACUCAUCUACAAUCUACGAAUAUCAACCUUUUGUUAUGACGUUUAGGCAGCCCGUCUUGAGUCAUGAUCAAGAGGAUUUUAAAGAAGACAUCCCUAAUCAUUUGAAAGAGACUGAUUAUCGCGUGUAUCGAACAAGAUGGAUAAUUGUCUUUACAUUUGCGUCAUUGAGUUGUACAAAUGCUUAUUUGUGGAUAUCUUAUUCCCCUAUUGCUAACUACUUUGUCGAGUUUUACUCAACAAGUAACACGGUUCUCAAUCUCAUUUCUCUAAUUUACCCUUUGACUACGAUAGUACUUGGUCUCCCAAUAGCGUAUGCCAUAGAUCGUCUUGGGGUUCGUUUCAUUGUUUUGUGUACAGCCAUUUGUAACUUAUUGUGUGGGUGCAUGCGCGUUUUGAGUAGCGCACCACAUAUAAAUAUUUCAUCCUCUGGACGUCUCAUUUUGAUAGUAUUCGGACAAGUAAUCGCUUCUUUUGCUCAACCAUUCUGUUUGUUCUGCACAACCAGUCUUGCGUGCGAUUGGUUUCCCGAUAAUCAGCGUACCACCGCAAACACUAUUGCGUCUCUUGGAAAUUCAGUAGGCAUAUUGCUGGGCAGUGCGUUUGCCCCUAAUUAUGUCAAGAGUUCUUCCGAUAUUGUUAGUUUCAAUUACAUAUCCUUGGGAUUGGUUGCUGUUCAGUUCUUGUUGUCAAUAUUUUUAGUCCGCAGAGGUAAACCAAUCACACCCCCUUCAUAUGUGGCGACCUUGGCUAUAGCUAAUCGUCGAGUCAACUCUAACAGACAUUUUAUUUCACUUCAUUCUUUAUGCAACUUUUUGAAAGCGUUUGGUCCACCCCUUAAGCUCUAUGGAUUUUGGAUUGUUACAAUUACAUUCAGUAGCUGUAUCGGAUAUUUUACUGUCUUGUCGGCUCUUCUACAGCAAAUUCUGUGUACAAAAGGUUACUCCAACCAGUUUGCUGGGUUUUGUGGAUCAAUCACAAUAGUUGCAGGCUUAGUAGCAGCUGGUCCUGUUGCAUUGUUUGUUGAUAGAACGGGAUUCCUUAUUGAAACAUUAAAGAUCACAUUUUUACUAAGUGUUUUGGGCUCUGUCUGCCUAAGUAUUGUAUUUUGGUUCCCUAAUCAGCAAAUACUAAUCACCAUUUGUUUAAUUUGGCUUGGAGCAUUUGGUUUCUCUCAGUUUUCCCUGUGUUUAGAACUAGCUGCAGAGGCGACUUAUCCAGUUUCUGAAGCAAUUACAACCAGCUUUCUUAUCAUCUCCAACCAAAUAAUUUCCCUCGCAAUGUUGCCUGUUUUACAGUUUACUGCACCUUUAGCUAACAAUUCAACUAAAAUUAUCAGCACUUGUGGUCCGAAUAAAGAUAUCCGGGAUUUCAGUGCACCACAUAUGGGUUUAUGUGCUUUUAUGGUUUUAUUAUCAAUUGUCCAACUUUUCACCUUAAAGUUACCAUAUAAACGACGAGAAUGUUUAAAUUCUGUUGUAAUCACUGUUGGAUCUAAUAAUUAUAUCAAUGAGGCAAAUGAUGAAAUUCCAGAGGAUUUCUAAUGGGGAAAAAAGACAAACAGUUAUAACACAGCCUAUUUAUUGUAAUUAUUUAUUUUAUUUAUCCAUUCAAUCCUUAUGAUUUUUUUUAUGCUGAAACGUUGAAAUUACAUCUAUUUAUUUAUUUGCAUAAUAGGUAAUAUUUAUUCUCUAUUAUUUUUCUAUCUUUUAUUUAUUGCAGAAUUGUUGAAUUACUUUUGAGACAUUUCUUUAUUGACUGAUAUAUUUAUAUAUAUCUUCUUGUUUAAAAAUACAAAUGAUUAUUCAAUAAUGAA